CUGGCUUUGGCCUCCUUGGCUUUGCUUCCUUCUCUUAUCGAAGCUCAUAGUGAUAUCCCAGGAGCUCCAAGAGUUUUUGGUAGAAGACCCGCUGUCUCCAAUGGCCUACGUACCGGAGCAAGUAGCUACCAGCCGGUUGAUCCUGACAUCCACGCCAAGCGCCAAUCUUCUUCCAACACCGAGGGACAAUGUGGACAGGGCUUUGGUGCUUGUGCUGAUGGUUAUUGCUGUUCUGAAGCUGGCUGGUGUGGCAAAGGUACAGAUUACUGUUCUGCGCCUGGAUGUCAGUUCAACUACGCUUCUGGGUGUGACGACAACAAGAUCCCAUCUGGCAGCAGCACUUCUACUGUUGCGAGACCCAAGCUCGGCAAUGUCUUGUAUGGUGGAGCCGGAAUCUAUGAUUGCACAGUGGCUGGUACCAUCGCCAUCACUUACGACGACGGCCCAUAUAUCUACACCGAGCACGUCCUGGACGUGUUGAAACAAUACAACGCCCAAGCCACCUUCUUCAUCACUGGCAACAACAACGGCAAAGGAGAAAUUGACAAUGCCGCUCUCCCUUGGGCUGCGACGAUUAAGAGAGCGUACAACGAAGGACACCAGAUUGCAUCUCAUACUUGGUCGCAUCCUCAUUUGUCCAACCUUACGAGCGCACAGAGAAAGCAGAACAUGUACAGCAAUGAGAUGGCAUUGCGCAACAUUCUGGGAUUCUUCCCUACUUACAUGAGACCUCCUUACUCUGACUGCGAUGCGGAGUCUGGGUGCCAGCAGGAUAUGGCCGAUCUCGGCUACCAUGUGACCUACUUUGAUGUCGAUACUGGUAAGAAUUCAAGAACCCUGGAUUGCGGCUCAGUGGCUGACAUGCGAUANGACGACUACGACAACGAUUCUCCCGCGCUGAUCCAGAAUGCAAAGAACAAUUUCGAUGCUGGAAUUGCUGGAGGUAGCCCAGCUACCGACGAUUAUCUUGUCAUCGGACACGACAUCCACAACCAGACUGCGAACGUUCUGACUGCCUACAUGCUUGAGAGAAUCCUAGCUCUUGGUUACAAACCUGUUACUGUUGGCGAGUGUCUUGGUGACCCGAAGGAAAAUUGGUACCGCAGCUCAUCUGGAAAUUGCGGUGGUGGCUCAGGAUUCAUGUGUACUGGCUCCGAGUUUGGAGACUGCUGCUCUCAGGCUGGCUGGUGUGGCUCCGGAACUCUUUACUGUGGUGAAGGUUGUCAAGCUGGCUUCGGUCAAUGUGGUAUCAAUGUCCCUCAGAGCAGCAGUACAAGCUCGACCGCUGCACCAGCUCAGCCAACCAAGGUGUCGACCGACGCAACUUGUGGAGGGUCAACCGGUAUGACCUGUCAAGGCUCGGUCUUUGGUAACUGCUGCUCACCAGCUGGAUGGUGCGGCAGUACCGCUGCCUACUGCGGUGAUGGCUGUCAAUCGGGCUUCGGCUCUUGUGGUGACGCUGGUGCAGCAGCAAAAGUCCCAGUUCAAGCAACAACCAGCGCUGCUGGGAAGUCAACACUCGCCACUUCUGCCACCAGCAAGGCAGCUACCAUCACGAGUGCUCGAGCAACUCAGACAACGACUGCCGCCAAAGCAACAGCAACCAGCGGAUCGAGAAUCCAGUCAUGGUUCAACAACUUGUUCGGCAAAUUGAAAAAUCACCAGAUU